CGCCGGAGAGUACGAGGUUGCUGUCGCUAUAGUAACUGUGACUGAGGAUGUACAUUACGACAGAAAAUGGCGACCGUCGUAAGAUUAUUGGAGCGGACUCCAAGUAUUAUGGAGCAAGUUUUUGAACGAAAUAGGAUUGCCGAGGAACAGCGAUGGCUGGAAUGGAAGGCAUCUGUGCACAUCCAGGCAUGGUUCCGUGCCGUGAGGGUACGCUCCUACCUCAAACACCUCCACGGGUGUGCCACGGUGGUGCAGAGGCACUGGCGGGGGUACCUGGGACGGGCGUUUGUGCGGGUGCUCAUCAGGAACCAGGUGCUCAUUAUGCGGCAGAACUUCUACAAUGCCAUGGCAACCAUUAUCCAGAAAAUGUGGCGGGGUUUCUACACAAGAAAGUACAUCUCCAAUUACUACAGUCGGAAGAGGUAUCUGGAAGGGUUACUCGUGAAGAACGAGAUCGUGAGGCAAGAGCUGGAAGAGUACAGUGAACAGAAGAACCGAGAGAGGGCCAUCGAGAUGGAGCAGACGAUGCAGCAGAUGAUAAUCGAUGACGCACGUAAACACCACUACCUACUCAGCACACAAGUGGUUCCUGGCAUCUACAACUCGCCAUUCAAGCCAUACCCUGAUGAGAUGGAGAUGAUUCUGAGGGGUGUCCAGCCCCGUCCGCCUCCGGGACCCAAGCCCAAGAGGGACAACAGGUCGGGGAAGGUCAUCCCACCCAGCCCCCCCUUACCCCUCACAGAGCCCCUCCCACCCAUCGGAGAAUCUAAAUUACAGGGGCCAUUCAGGAUGCCCGAAGAGGUCAUCAAGCAGCGCUUCAAACCCCUGCAGCCAACGCUAAGGGUGGCAACCUCCUACACGUCAGUGGAGGAGGCCAGGGAAGCCAUGAAGGCCAAGGAGUGGGUCAUGAGGGUCAACGACAACAUAUUUGAGCCCUUCACAAGACGAGAUCGCGCCUACGAUCCUCUCCUUCACACUACUUCCAAAUAUGGUCACCUGCCAUAUGGGACCAGAUACUUCCGCGAGACAGAGGAAGCCAAGAAUAUAACGGCGAUGAGGUUCCAGCCUGUAGUUUCCCCUAUCCCAGUGUUUGAGAAGCUCAACGACACGUAUUCUAAGGGCACUGAAACAGUUCCGUGAUGAGAAGAUACCAAAUCUUGACAGACUCGAGAGGAAUCUUCCAACAUCUUCACACUAGCUUCCUUUUCUGUGAUAGGUCUUUGGGAAUCUUUUGAAAGACAAUAACUACCUUCAUUGUUGUUCACACACUUCGUAUCUGAAACCUUCAUUUUUUGCCAAAUGAAAAGUUCUCAAAAACUGCACUGAAUACAAAGAUGAUUUUGGCCAAUUUUUUGUUGAGGUCUGUUCCCCAUUAAAAAUGAUCCCUUCGAAUUGCAUCUGUUCAUUAGCAUUGGUGAAAAUUGAGUUAGGGUGGGAAUUUCUGUUCAAUUUGAAAAACGUUUAGAAAACUUUCCCAAACUGUUUCAACAUUUAGCCAAUACUUUACAGAGGCUGCUACUGCCUUCCUUGGUGUUUUCAUGUAUGCAUAAUUAUAGCGUUCAGUAAUGCAUGCUGUCCAGUCAAUGUAAAAAUAUAGAUCAAUGUUGGGACAUUUAAAACAAGCAAUGUUUCUUGUCAGUUUCAGAAGUAAUGAACAACAAUCCAAGGAGAUGCCAUAGCUGAGAUGGCACUACACUGGCAUGUCACACACUCUGUUCAACCCAAAGCACACGGUUUGACUAAUCACAACAAACAUCCCAUUGUUUUAAGCAGCAUUUAAUACAAACUUUUGACCUGUACAUAAAUUUGGUACUUCCAUAGAACUGACUUUUCAAUCUGGUCACUGGAUAUGUAUAUAAAAUGUAUAGUCUUGCACCAAAAUCUAGCUUGUAAUCAUUUUUCAAACCAAAAACUGUAAAUAUUUAAAUGUACUUGUAAAUACUUUUAUGAACUGUAAGAGUUGUAAAGUGCUUCAACAUAUGUCAUUUGAUCCGUAUCUAUCAUUUUCAACAUUGCUUUCCAACAAGGUCUUGCAUUUGAAUAAAACAUAUAUUUCAUUCUUCCAA